AUGUCAGUUUCCGAGUGUUCACUAGGACUUCGAGUUUUGAUACUACAGACAGUACAUGCAAGUAUAAAGAUAAUAAAUCUACAGUAUAUAUUCGACACAAUUUUGGAGAUAUCAUUACGAAGUAUGGGACAUCUCACUCACACGACACCCGGUGGAUUAGCACACCGAAAUGAAGGACGACUGGCUACUCGUCAAAAAAAAGGAGUUGGGCGCAAUGCCCUGAAACCCUCGGCCUCGUACUCAGAAUCCUGGACACCACCAGAGCUCAGUCAGGACCCAAAAGAUAAUCCUGUUGGCUUGAACCUCGUAUAUACAAAAUAA